AUGUCUAGCCAAGACCCCAAGUCCGCCGUCGGCCCCUUGUACCGCUCAGAAAGCCAGAAGCCCACGGCAACCGUCUCCACCGAGAUCAACUCUGACAACGUUAUUAUCUUGCCCCAGACGCCCCAGCUUAUUGCCCUCCUCACAAUCAUCCGAGAUAGGAACACUGAGCGUGGUGACUUCAUCUUCUACUCCAAUCGCAUCAUUCGCCUGCUUGUCGAAGAGGGUCUGAAUCACUUGCCCACCGUCGAGCACGAUGUGACAACGCCCAUUGGUAGGACCUACUCUGGUCUUAUGUUUCAGGGCAAGAUAUGCGGCGUAUCCAUUAUGCGCGCUGGCGAGGCCAUGGAGCAAGGCUUGCGGGACUGCUGCCGCUCUGUGAGGAUCGGCAAGAUUCUGAUCCAGCGUGACGAAGAGACGGCGCAACCCAAACUCUUCUACGACAAGCUGCCAGAUGACAUUGCCCAGCGCUGGGUGCUUCUUUUGGAUCCCAUGUUCGCCACCGGCGGUUCCGCCAUUAUGGCUGUGCAGGUUCUCAAGGCCAGAGGUGUUCCCGAGGACCGUAUUUUGUUUCUGAACCUUAUUGCCAGCCCUGAGGGUAUUCAGAAUUUCACCGCCAAGUUCCCCAAGCUCAGGGUUGUCACGGCAUUUGUUGACCAGGGUUUGGACGAGAAGAACUACAUCAUUCCCGGCCUUGGCGAUUUCGGCGACAGAUUUUACACCGUCUAA